UCCUAUUUCAAGCACCGGGGUCUUUUUUGUUAGCAGUGUUAGCUUAGCCUGGUUUACGUCCAUGUGUGCUAAUUGCGUUGAGAAAUAAGUGAACGUUUGUGUUGUCGACACGGAGAUUAUUUUAAUCGUUAUUGAUUUGAGUGACUUUAAUCACUGAGUGUUUCAGCUGCUGACUGAUUAUGUGGCGUUCGGGCCGUCGUGUCGUUCAGUGCGUUAGCCGCUGUUUCUCUGUGACUGCCCCACAGAACUCCAUUGUGGUGGAGCGCUGUUGGAAGGUACCAUUGUCCAAAAUCGGCAAACCUCCAAAGCUGCACCCUCGAAGACACAAAAUCUACAAGCUGGUUUAUGACUCCAAACACUAUCCCACGCCGAAGAUGGAACUCCUCCUCACUCAGACAGUACCCAGGCUCGGUGGCCGAGGAGACACCGUCUUUGUGAAGAAGUCUAUCGGCCGAAAUAAGCUGCUGCCCCAAGGCCUGGCAGUGUAUCCGUCACCAGAGAACAAACACAUGUUUGCUGAGGAGUUGAGACUUUUGCGUGAGGGGGGACCAGGGGAACGAAUCCAAACUCGCACUGGACAGUUGACAAUAGAGUUCAUUAAAGAGGCCAAGUUGGUGAUUCAAAUGCUUCCCUAUGAUAAAUGCGAUUUCACAAAAGAGAUUGUUUGCAGACAGCUUCUAAAACAGUUGGGCCUUGUUGUGCCACCUCACGCACUCACACUUCCAGAUGAGCCAAUCAAGGAUGUAGGAGAGUACUGGUGUGAGAUCACGGUUAAUGGAAUAGACACUGUACAAGUUCCCAUGUUGCUAUUACCAUAUGAACGUCCAAGUGCGAGUUAUCAGUGGCUACUGGAAUCACAAAGGGAAGAACUGGCUGCUGCAGACACUUCAGUUGAUCUAGUUGAAACUGCUGUCACCGAUGACACAGGACGCAAAAGUUCGCAAAGACGCUCAGAGUGAAAUUUCUGCUGAGGAAAAUGAAACUAGUCCACAGACUAUUCAGAGCACAGUGCCACCAGGUGACGACCUGAAAAAGAAUUAAAGGACUGAAUUCUAAUGCUUGUAAAACGUCAUACAUCAACAAAUAAAAAGUUGUUCCUGAACUAUAAA